AUGUACCUCUCAACCGCAACCGUGUGCGUGCUGGGCGCCCUGCAGCCAGUCCUCGGCUCGCCCGCCCCCCAACGCGUUCCUAAAGACGGAAGCCAGAAUGUCAUUAUAUCCGACUGGCUCACAGCCACCAAGACCGUCAUCAACUACUAUGCCCCGGACCCCAAGUGCGGCGGCCACCGCCCAUGGGUCGGCAUGUGGCCGGCUGACGCCUGCAAUCCCUAUGCUGCCGACUUCAAAGCCUGGGCCUACGUGAAGAAGACUCAAGGCUAUGAUGACAUCGCCACGGUCGAGUUUGACAAUGCGCAACUCGGACCCGGCGAGUUCAAAGCCGCCUUUGUCUGCGAGGACGGCAAGCGACAGCCCUGGAUGCUCUCCAAUACGUACAAGAUUGACGAGGCGCCCCCUUCUAAGCCGGGCCAAUGUGUCCAUCGACAGAGCUCCUGGCAGACGACUUGGAAGUAUACCGCGUGCGACAAGGUCGAGAAUGAUCUCUGCUAUGACAGCCCAUUGACCUACAUUGCCUGCAGUGACUGCAGAGAGCAGUGUGGCCGACAGUCCGGCUAG